AUGCAGGCCGAUGCUCCAAGAGAAACUGAGUUGCGGCACAAGCGCGCGAAGGAGGGUGAGGGCUGCCAUAACGGCGGGGAUGAGGAGGUGGCGUCGGAAGAGGUAUUCUCCGGGCCGACAAGCAUGGCGAAGCUUUUUUUGAAGGUAUCUCUGGACCCCUACGAGAAUUAUAAGUCCGUGUGGCCACGACCCGGCCCUGGUGUGAAGGACACGGUGCCGUACGCCGUGGUUGCCGACACCCUGGCCGAUAUUAGUGGCGAGAGCUCCCGACUGGAGUGUAUUAAAUACCUGACUAAUCUUCUUCUUGCCGUGGUUCAACGUAGCCCAACCGACCUGGUUUCGGUUAUUUACCUCAUUAUCAACAAACAGGGUCCCGCACACGAGGGUAUUGAGCUUGGGGUGGGUGACGCACUGCUGGUGAAGGUUAUCGCAGAGUGCUGCGGCCUCACCGAGGCACACGUCAAGGAGGCAUAUAGACAAACUGGUGAUUUGGCGGAAGUGGCUCAAAACAAGAAGCGAAAGCAAGCCACUCUUGUUCAGCCUAGACGUCUUUCCGCAACAGCUGUCUUCAAGGCGUUACGUGACAUCGCUCUUAUGAGCGGAAAGGAGGCCGCUCGACGACGUGCCGAUGUAAUGAAGAAGCUUAUCCGUGAUGCUGUUGGACCUGAGGUAAAUCUUAUUGUUCGGGCCUUGCAGCAGAAGAUGCGCGUUGGGUUGGCGGAAUCUUCUGCGCUUGCAGCAAUAGGUUAUGCCUUUGCACUGAAUCAUAUUGGAAUAGACGCGGUAACGAAAUAUACACCGGAGGAGCUUCAACAAGAGUUGAAUGUUGGGUCGGUUAAUUUUGCACGCAUAUACCACGAGGUUCCAUGUCUUGAAAUCGUUGUUGGGGCAAUGCUUCAGCAUGGUUUUAACGUGAUUGUUCCCUACUCCCCAGAGGCGGGGGCUCACGCUGCAGAGCUGUCUAUUCGCCCUGGUAUCCCCGUGAAGCCGCAACUGGCUCACCCCACAAGUGGGAUCAGUGUUAUUUUGGAGCGACUUCAUGGCAGGGCGUUUACGUCAGAGUACAAAUACGAUGGUGAACGGGCACAAAUUCACUAUUCAAAAGAGAAGGGAUAUUGUGUAUUUUCACGCAAUUCCGAAGUACACACCGGAAAGUACCCAGACAUCAUCGCCAUGCUCCCGCACAUUUUUUCAACGGAUACGGUGGAGUCUUUCAUUAUUGAUUCAGAGGUGGUGGCGGUGGAUGAAGCGACGGGAGCUCUGCAGGCCUUUCAGGUCCUCCAGCAUCGCGGUCGAAAAAAUGUGUCAUCUGCGAGUGUCACAAUUCCUGUAUGCGUGUUUGCGUUUGAUAUUUUGUACUUCAAUGGCGAACCACAGAUGAAGAAGCCGCUACUGGAACGACGGAGGAUAUUAUACUCUCACUUUAUCCCUAUUCACGCAAAGUUCCAAUUUGCAGAGCAUUUGGAUAGCACAGAUGAAGAGGAUAUUCAGUCGUUCCUCGACAAGUCCAUCAAGGACGGCUGCGAGGGACUUAUGAUUAAAACGUUGGAGGAAGAGGCGACGUAUACUCCCGCGAAGCGUUCUCACUACUGGCUAAAACUCAAGAAGGAUUACAUGGACGGCGUGACGGAUACGGUGGAUCUUGUGCCAAUUGGAGCCUAUUACGGAAAAGGAAAGCGGACAGGUGUAUUCGGCGGAUUUCUGCUUGCUUGCUACGAUGGCGACAGUGACGAGUUUCAAAGUAUCUGUAAGAUUGGGACUGGGUUUCAGGACGAACAGCUGGAAAGCCUCACGCAAGCUCUUCAGUCAUGCGUUCUCAUGGAGCAACCACGGUAUUACCGGGCUGAGGAAAAGCCGGAUGUCUGGUUAGAGCCCUCACAUGUAUGGGAAGUGAAGGCUGCUGAUCUUUCUAUCUCUCCGGUUCACUACGCAGCAUACGGACUUGUGGAUUCGUCUAAAGGGAUCGCACUGCGAUUUCCGCGGUUCAUGCGUGUGCGAGAGGACAAAAACGCAAAUGCGGCUACCUCCGCUGCGCAGAUUGCCCAAAUGUACAAUGCGCAGUCAUUGUCUCUAAAAAAAUUACAAGAUUGA